GAAGCACAAUGCCCUGAACCGUGGAGGUUGCGGGCUGCAGCUAGGGUAGCAGGGUGCUUGCCUAUUGUUGUCUCAGGAAGAGUCCGAAGCAUGAUCUAAGACAAUUGUCUGGGUUUCAAGGAGCAUAAUUGCAACUUCUUACGAUGAUGGCUCAUCAUUUUCUUUGUUUGAAUUGCUGCGCUGCUGAGUCGGUGCUGAUCAGUAAGCCAAGUGCAUGUUAACUGGCACAAUCCAACACGGCCCAGGUGCAUAGAUGUCUCAGGAAACACACCAAAGGGGCCACUACUAUUGGGCGUCGUACUUUUGCACUUCUUUAGAUUGGUCCCCGAACACCUGAAGCCGAACAGACGCAACAUCAGAUUCUCGGAAGGAAUUCAUCUCAGAUUUCCUUGCUGCUGAUCCAACCUGGCAAUGUCGCCCUCAGCUAGUGAAGAGCAUCGGAGAUUGGGGUCCCGCAGCACCACACCGCUUCCGCCCAUACUAGUCAGGGAGGCCUCCUCCGCUGACACGCGGCACUCCUCCAGAAGCUCGUCCGGCAGGUCGCGUCCGGGGAGCGUCCAAAAAGCCCGUCCUGACAGCGCCCAGAAACUGCAUUCAAUAAGUACCCUGAAAACGGACGCAAGCCCCGUUUUUAGUAGCAGCCGGGCGUCGUCCCGCUCCAAGGACAGGUCCUGGGAUGAGAACUUGACGGGGCUGUUUCCAGCUCCGGGUGAGCGGUUUGUCGAAGAUGAGACUCGGGAGAUCCUAGGUCUUGCUGACAAUCGAGUCAAUGCGGGCAGGGUUAAGGGGCUAACCCACCAGCCAGUGAUGGUGCCCUUUCCCCCAGACUCACAAUCCAAGAGCACGCGGUCCACUCCUCGAAAGCACCGCCACAGCUCGGCAAGUGAGCGCAGCACGGAGGGGGAAUCGGUCCAGAAACGCUCCCUCAGCUUUCUAAACCUGAACGACCAGAGCUUUCGGAACCUGGCGCAGCAGAUAGCAGAAGAGAUCAUUGUGCGGGGGCCCAAGGAAGCCUCGUCAUGGGGCAGUGUGAAGGAGAGCACCGGCGGGGGGCUGAGCGUUUCGAGCAACGCGCGCGACCAGGGGGCGCUCCUGAGCACGGCAAAGAGCACGAUGACAGCUGGCGCGGCGACAGCUGGCGCGCCAAGGAGAAGAUUACAGGAGGCCCUGCAGGAGGCGGGGCUGCGCUCGCUGGCAGAGAAGCUGAGGCUUGAAGCAACGCAUGACUCGUCUACAGGGCCCCUCAGUGCGGCGAGGGCCCCGGAGGGGUCCGCUUCGAGGCCGAGCCCUGCGCGUGCGCAGAGGAGUAGAACCAGUUCGCCAACCAGGGGUGAGGAUUUGAGCGGACGAAAGCUGAUGCUGGAAGAAAAGUUGGGCGCACCAGAAAUGACCCGGGCGGAUCUGGAGCAAGAGCUGCGGGCGGAGCGGGAGAGGCGGGAAGCAGAAGUAGCCGAGGUGCGCAAGGAGGCGGCCGAGCGGGCCAAAAAGCUGCAGAAGCACGUUCGCAGGGCUGAGGAAGAGAAGAAUGCGCUGCUGGACCGCGUCUCCGCCGCAAGCACCGACCGUGCGGACGCCCAGCGAGCGCUCAUAGGGGCUUCCGAGGAGGUGUCUGUGCUAACCACAGAGCAUCAAAGGGCCGUCGCUGAAGCCCAGCGUCUCGCGACCGAAAACGAGGCCUUGAGGCGCGACCGGCGGGCAGUGCAGGAUCUAGAGCGAGAGCUCGAGCGUGCGCGAGCGGGGAGCCGGGAUGCAAGGGAACUAGAGCGGGAGCUCGAGCUGGCGCGCUCUCAGAACGGGAAACUAGAGCGGGAGAACGGGCGCCUGGUCGCGGAGCUGGCCGCGGUGGGCGCGCGGCAGGGAGACCAGGCCGCGAAGCUGGCGCUGUUCGAGGCGCAAAUGCGCGAGCACCGGGAGAGGGUUUUGGCCGCAGAACGGGUUAUGGACGGCUUUCGACAGGGUUCCGGGGAAGAGGAGAAAGAGAAAGCGCUUGAGCGGGUGAAGCUUCUCGAGGCGGAGAACGCCGCGAAACAGGGGCGGGUGGAGGAACUAGAGCGGCAGCUUUUGGAGGGGGAGGGGGAGGAGACGGCGCUGCAGGAGCGGCUGGAACGGGUGGAGAGCGAAUUGGAGGGGCUGAGGAAAGAGAACGAACGGCUGGCGGGGGGGGGGGGGAUGGACGGAAAGGUCGUGGGGGUUCUGGAAGAGACGCUCCGCACGGUGGAAAAGGAGCGCGACCGGGGGGUGGCGGAAAGCAGCGAGAGAGAGCGGGCGUGGCGGGAGGGAAAUGCGAAACGGCAGGAGAGGAUGAAGGAACUAGAGCGGGAGUUGGCCGAAGCGCAGGAGGAGAUACAAGCCGGCGAGGGGAAGCUUUUGGCGAGUGCGAGGAAGGAGUCGCAGAUGCGGGUGGAGUUACGGGAGGCGCGCGAGAGACACGCUGAGCUGGCGACACGUGUCGAGGGCUUGGAGUUUCAACUGAAGGCGUCGAAGGUCGAUGAGGGGAGGGCGGCGGUGCGCGCAGAGAAGGCGCUCAAGGAACUCGAGAGGGAGAGGCGCCACGUGGCAGAGCUGACGUCACGGCUGACGUCAGCGGGCGAGGAGCGGGAAGCUUACCAUAUGGUGAAGGUGGACAUGUUGGCGGAGAUCGAGAACGGAAAAGCGAGGGUCGGGGAACUAGAGCGGGAAUUCAAAGCGGCGCGGGCUGCCGCAGAGGAAGCUGAAGAAAGGCUGGGUGCUGACGUCAGGGAAAGAGAAGCGAAGAUCGAACGGCUGCGGGGUUCUGACACGUCGCUAAAAGCAGAGCUUGCAGCGACGGUCUUGGCGCACCAAGAAGGGGAGAGAGAAGCCGAAAUGUUGAGGAAAUCGGUCACGGAGGCCAGAGGAGAGGUCGAGCGGUUGACUGCGGUUCUGGGUGAGAGCGAAGCGAGAACCGCGGCAUUGGAAGAAAGUGAAAAGGUGCUACGAGAGCGGGUUCUCGUCGCCGAAGAAGACCUGGAAGGUGGGCGAUUAAGGGAGGAGGGCCUGACAGAACAGGUUUUCGAGUUGGAAACGAAGGCACGAGAAUCAGAGCAGGCGGAGAAAGGAGCGCUGGAAGAGUUGGCGGCAGCCGAGAACGAGAAGGAGCGGUUGAAAGGAGUGAUACAAGGGCUCGAAAAGGAGAUGGAAGAAACGAAGGGCGAACUUGAACGCUUGAGAUGGUCCGAGGAAGAGGCGCGGAGUCUGCUGGAGAUGGGGGGCGCAGCGCAGAUCGAAACGGCGGAACGGGCGAACGCCGCCGAGGCAAGAACGGCCGCACUGGCAGAGCGGCUGCGGGGGUGUGAAUCGGCUCGGGCGGAGUGUGAAACGGCACGAGGGGAGUUGGAAGCAACAGUGGAGGUGAUGGAACUAGAGCGGGGGGCGAAAGUUGCCGAGAACGAGGAGCGCGUGGCGAUGCUGAUCGGACGGGUGGAGGAAGUGGAAGGGACGCUGUCCGAAUGUCGGGAGAGUUUGCGGGCGUCCGGUGAGGAGAAGACGGCUUUGGAGGAGCACUCCCGCGGGCUGACGGAACGACUGGCGGAGACGCGGGCGGAAUUCGAGCGGCUGGUGGGCGAGGUCGAGCGGAAACGGAACGAGGACGCGGAAUCGAUGCGUGCCGCGCUGGCGUCAGCCGAAGCGCGGGCGGAGGUCGCUGAGGAAGAGGUGGCGAGGUUAGGCGCGAGGGUUAGGGUUUUGGAGGCGGGUUUGGCGCAGGCGAACGAGGCCCUUCUGCGAAGCGGGGAAGAGGCGGGGGUUUUGGAGGAGGAGGUUCUGGGGCUGCGGAGUGAGGUGGAAAAGUUGGCGGGUGGUUUGGCGCGGGAGCGGAAAGAGUGCGAGGCGCUGAGAACUAGAGUGGGAGACUUGGAGCAGGAGUUGCUGGAACGGGAGGGCCAGCUGAGCAUUCUGCGCAGCCAGGGGGACGCGGACUAUUACAUAACGCCGCACAAGGAGCGGCGCGGGGGGCGGUUCUAGACUGUCAAACCGCGUCCAUUACAUAACGCCGCACAAGGAGCGGCGCGGGGGGCAGUUCUAGACUGUCAAAGUUUCGGUGCGCUUCCUUGAUUGUAAAAAGACCGGGGGAGGAAGCGUGGGGCCUUUUUGGGGCUAAAGAGACCGGGUGAAGGAGCGUUGAAGUUUUUCGUAGAGGGGAACGAAGCAAUGGGUGGGGUUUUGCACGCUGCUGGUGGCGAAGUACAAGGGGACUGCUUACAGGUCAGCCAGAAGGACAGGUAGAUCUGCUUUUCAGGUUGCAUAACGUCUGCAAUAAUCAACAUUUAAACCUGUGUUGUGCGCGGACGUGAAGUAUUCUUGGGAUUGUUGUGGGGCUGUGAUGCGGAGCAUGUGCGGCUCCUGUAGAUAAGUUGCUUGUCGAACUAAUUAAGCGCUGGACGGAAGGUUCUGAACGGUUUUCAGCUCAUAAGAGGCUACUCGUUCGCGAACUGGAUAAUUGACCCCCUGCAAUUUCCUCGAUGUCACCCGG